AUGAGCACACAACUGGGCUUGGGGUGGGGAUGGGUGCUAUGUAAAAAUUUAUUGAGUCACCACAGGCCUUUCCUUCCCCAUGUCCAGCAUCCCUACCUGCCAACAUCCUGUAUUAAAGAAGAACUUCUGGCCAGAGGUGUGACUGUGGAGACCUGGCUGGGGAGGGACACUGCUCAGCUGCUGCUCUGCUCCUGUCUCCUGUCCCCUCCCCCGGCCAUGACAGAGACCCGUGAGCCAGCUGAGACUGGGGGCUAUGCCAGUUUGGAAGAAGACGAUGAAGACCUUUCCCCAGGCCCGGAACAUUCCUCCGAUUCAGAAUACACUCUCUCCGAGCCCGACUCUGAAGAGGAAGAAGAUGAGGAGGAGGAGGAAGAGGAGACCACUGAUGAUCCCGAAUAUGAUCCUGGCUACAAGGUGAAGCAGCGCCUUGGGGGAGGCCGGGGGGCCCCAUCCCGCCGGGCCCCCCGUGCAGCCCAGCCCCCAGGCCCCCCGGCCCAGCCCUGCCAGCUCUGUGGCCGCUCACCCUUUGGGGAGGCCCCGCCAGGAACCCCACCUUGCCGGCUCUGCUGCCCUGCUACAGCCCCCCAGGAAGCACCGGCUCCUGAAGGCAGGGCUCUUGGGGAGGAAGAGGAGGAGCUGCCUCGGGCUGGGGAGGGCCGACCAGCUGGGCGGGGGGGGGAGGGGGGGGAGGAGGAGGAGGAGGAGGAGGGCACCUACCACUGUACGGAGUGCGAGGAUUCCUUCGACAGCCUGGGGGAGCUGCAUGGGCACUUCAUGCUGCAUGCGCGGGGUGAGGUGUAGGCAGCCCUGGGAACUUGGCAGAAAGGGUGGGGUGGGAGGAGGGGCUGAGGAAAUUGGGGUGGUCACGGUGGUCCUGGGGCUGGGGUCCUGCCAAUCUGUGUUGUCUUAGCAGUAGAUAUGUGAAGGCCAGAAUAAAAGUCAAAUUCUGUG